AUGUGCUCUCUAGAGGCAUUACAAAUAAAUUUUAAUUUAUUGAUUAAAGAAAUUUUACAGGAAUUUGUUAUUAUUGAUGUAGCAGAAGAUGGCAUUACUUUUAGUGUAUCAAGCAUUUAUAAUACUCAAGCAACAGUGCUUUGGAAUUCUAAAAUAUUUGAAAGCUACGAUUAUAACAACAAUGUUUCUGGCCGAAUCCAACUCAAAGUUCAUUUUGAUUCUUUAAUUUCUAUUUUAAAAACUUUUGAUAUUACACUUUUACAUGAAAAACAAAUUUUUUUUGGAGGUGUAAGAAAAGAAUCUAGGCUGACUACUUCUUUAAUCAAUGAUGAAAAUAACAAAUUUAAUUUGUUAAAUGACCAAUAUGUAAGACAAAAUACUCUUUAUGAAAUUAAGAUCAAGUCACUAUAUUUGAAACAUUGCUUAAUAAACAUUGGAGUUAUGAAACUUUCAGUGACUAACAUUUGGGUGGAGAAAAAAAAAAGUUUCUUAAUAUGCAGCGUUGAAGUAGUUGUGAGUGAACUUCCUAGAAGAUACGAUUAUAUAAUUCUAUGUCGUAUGAAAGAUGAACAUGAAAAAAACAACAUUUUAAAAAAUAUCAUUAACUUUUCAAAUCUAAUUACAUUAAUUUUAAAUCAUCCCAGGAUUUUAUUUAGUAAUGAAAAAAAGAAAGCUGCUACUAUUUCUUCAGCUUCUAAAGAAAAAUCAGCAGCAAAAACCAAUCAUAACAGUAACGAUAUGAUAUUUCAAAGCAAUAUAAAUGUAUAUCGUUAUGGACAGAAGAAGUCAGUAUAUUCAUAUAGGUUGUUGACAGCUGGAACCUUUGAGGAAUCACUUUUUUUGAAUAAUGUCUUUAAAAUGGGAUUGUCAUACCUUAUCCUUGAUAAUAAAAAUACAUUGCUACAUGAAAAUUUAUCAAGAUGUGUGAUGAGUAUCCCUGAUCCAAAUCUUGAGUGUAGAUUAAAGGAUACUCUUAAUUUUGAUGAUGAUGCUCUGAAUACCGUAGGCAAAGAUCUUAGAGAUCAAAUUAUUGAUAUACGUUAUGUAGCAGAAUAUUUUAACAGCGAUGAUCGUAAUCUAAAUGAAGAAGAAACAAAAGAAGCUGAAAAUAUCUUUGAGCAGGAAAAAGAACGGUUAAAAACUCGUCGACAGAGCGUCAGAAAAACCAAACAGAACCUUCAUAUAGAUUACAAUCAAAUUUAA